AUGGAUACCAUCGACGCCGCUACGGAUCGGCAGACGGGGACCGACGAGGUAAACGCCGGCAAGCCACCCGCCGACGACUCGGCUUCCCCGCCGAAGCCUGAAUCCGACUCCAAUCCCACCACCACCAAGAAGAAGAUCGCGAAGAAGGCCAAGAAGCUGCCCAAGAAUAAAACGCACAAGCCCAAAAAGUCCAAAUUGGUAGAUGACUCGGAUACUGCCACCGAUGAUGAAGACAGCUCUGACGCUGAGUUGUCAUCAUCCUCCGAUGCCGACUCCAGCGACGAUUCCGCAUCUGCCGACAAUGUCAAGCGCAAGUCUAACAAGUCAAAGAUCGCCGACCUCAAGAAGUCUAAGAAGACGUCUGCUGCCUCCAGCUCCAAGAAGACCAAGAAACUCGGCAAGCGCGCCGACAAGGCUUCUUCGAGUGAUUCAUCCGACACAGACUCCGCCUCGUCCGACGAUGUCGACGACGGCUUGACCAACGUUCGCCUAACACCUCAACAAAUCCAGGUUCUCCAGCAACACCUGCAGCGUGGCACCGAUCCUCUCUCGUCCUUUGGAGGUAACCCUGCCUUGGGUGUUCAGCCGUUCCACGACAUCCCGCCGCCCAGGCGCGCAGCGGCUAGGAUGCCGAUGGGCCUUAUCGAUGCCGGAAACCCCUUUGCCCCCAACCAUCUCAAGCAUCUACCUGCACCGAACAAGCGCGGCAAGCUCGACUAUAAGCGCGUUGACCAGGUUUGGGACAACACCAUCCACAACUACAAGCUCCAGGACACCACCGAGACCACCUCGGACUCGCAGUACGACGGCUACGUCCUCCAGGUCCGACGCACCUUUGAUUGGGAGGGCAAGUAUAAGACUACUUUCGUCGACAUCAAGAGCAAGAUCCUGCGCGAGUGUCUGCAGGACGUCAUUGGCAAUGUCAAGGGUGUCAGCUUGGUUGACGAAGUCCCUAAGCUGGAUCCCAAUCUUCUUUUCUUGUAUCUCGAGGAUCUUCGUUCAUACGCCAAGAAGUUGAAGAAGAAGAAGCCUAUCAGCACCGAUAAGAAGGAGCGCAAAAAGGAACAGAAGUCUAUUAACAACAAGCGGCUGCACCUCAAAGUUUUGCUCAAGUAUCUCGACAAGGACUACGCUCAUGUCAAGAAAAGUCUGUACCCCAUGUUGGAAAAUGGUCUCAUCACCUUCGAACUGCUGUGGGCACUUUGGAAACCGGACACUCUUGUCUACACGGCCACCUACGGUACUCAGAAUGAACCUCGCGUUUUCAAAGUCGAGCAGGCAGAGCGUCACAGUAGCAUGGUGAAGGGAGAGUUCUACUGGCUUGAUGGCAAGUACUUUGAAUUUGAUGGCAAGCAGUUUGGCUACGGCACCUUCGCCGAAGAGAUCCCGGAGUUCCGUGGAGCUCGGAAGAUCACCAGCCUCAACGCUUACCCCCUCAGCUACCACAAGGACAAAGACGCACUUGUCGCUUCCUUGAUCGAGCGUGGCAAGAAAUUCGUGAAGCUUGGCGGUGUGCACUACCAAAGUCACGAGGGUCUUGCUUACUACAAGAAGAAGAAGGCCAUCGUCAAAGUCAACAUCAACGGCCGCAUCAUGGUCGACCCUGCAGUUCAUCGCCGAAUCAACCCCAAUUACCAAGUGUCUGCAGUGCGGCCCAAGGACCAUGAUAUCCUGUCUGACGACUCAAACGACGAAUCCGACUCCGACGAGAAGGAGGGAUGUGACAGCGACGAAGGUGGCUGUGAAAAGAUGGUCACCAAGGUCGUUCACGACCGUAAGGGCAAGGCACACUUGAUUCGGGUUCCCAAGUCCGAUUUGGAGGAGCCUGCAGCCUCCGAGCAGCCACUCGCCCGCCUCGACGACAGCAGCAAGAACGAAACGGAGGGCGUCGACGACCCCGCCAAGGCCAACAAGACGGACGUUCCGGAGUUUUCGGACGAGGAAUACCUCAUCGCCUCUCCUAUCGUCCUGGGGUUCUCCUUCUCGGAGAAGCUGUGGCUGGAGUUCACCGUGUCUGGCGUCAAAGAGAUCCACUGGAACGAGACUGCAUACGACUCUUUGGUGCUCCAGCCCAAACAGAAGGACAUCGUCAAGGCACUCGUCGAGUCUCACAAAUACCACGCAACCGAAAGCAUUGACGACGUGAUCCAAGGCAAGGGCAAGGGUUUGGUUGCCGUCCUCCACGGACCGCCCGGCACCGGCAAAACCCUGACUGCAGAGGGCAUCAGCGAGUUGCUCAAGUGCCCUCUCUACAUGGCGUCAGCCGGAGAAUUGGGUACUGACCCCCGCUACCUUGAGCAGGAGCUCCAGAAGAUCCUGGAUAUUUGCCACGCCUGGGGCGCCAUUCUUCUUCUCGAUGAGGCCGACGUCUUUCUUGAGAAGAGAAACCUGCACGAGAUUAACCGCAACGCUCUGGUCAGCAUCUUCCUCCGUCAGCUCGAGUACUUCCAGGGUAUUCUGUUCUUGACCACCAAUCGUGUCGAAACCUUCGACGACGCAUUCCAAUCCAGGAUUCACAUUGCUCUUCGGUACGAGAGUCUCACAGUCAAGGCGAAGAAGGCCAUCUUCAGAAUCUUUGUCGAGAGGGUCCGUGAGCUAGAGAAGGUCGAUCUCAAGCCAUUCAGCGAGCAGGACUACGCCGAUUUGGCCAGGUACGACCUCAACGGCAGGCAGAUCAAGAACACCAUACGAACGGCUCAGGCUUUGGCUGUGAAUAAGGGUGUGCCCCUUAGCAUGGAGCACAUUCGGCAGGUUCUUGACGUGCAAAACAGCUUCGAUAUCCACCUCAAGGGUGGCGAGGGCUAUCAAGACGCCAUGCGCAGCUACACCUAA